AUGAGGCUCAAAUUACCUCGGUAUGAGGCUCUUAGACUUCCUGUUAGUCAUCUUUUACUUCGGUGUGAAGUAUUGUCUUCUAGAGCUGAGAUGGACAAAGAAGUCAAAGAAUUUGUUGGAAACCAUCGUUAUUGUGAACCAUUGAAUUGCUUUUCACUUGUGGAGACUUCAAGAUUUAUUGUUGACAUUAAGCUUCUUUCUUUUGGUAUAUUCCCUUUCUUUGAUGUUUCUUGCACUAAAGUUGUGGUGUAUUUCAAAGUUCUCAUUCACCACUUGUCUUAUGUUGUAUUGGAUAGCCACUGCGAUGUCUACUCCUUUAUGGAGUGUUUGGUGUUAUCAAAAUCUCUUUUUGAAGGAUGGAAGAUGUUGGAGUUAGGAGGGAUUCACAAUCAAAUCCCCUCCGGCUCAUUCGUUAGCCACUUAUCUCCUUGCAGCCACUACAUAGUUUCAGCCUUACUUGCAGAGAAACUUACUCUUCUAGAGGCUGGAGAUGUGCUUUUCGGCUCCCUAAACCGUCUCUCUCUUCUCAUCUCUAAAGAAGUAGCCACUGUUGCUUUCUUUAUGAGUUUAGAGGUUUAA